UACUCAAUUCUGUCUUUGGUUCGGUCCUGAUGUAUGGGGUUCUAUGAACAGCCAUCCCAGGUAGUACAAGAACUGGGUAGCCAACUGACCAAAGUCCAUCCCGUGUUUCCCUCCAAAUUGAAGGAUUCGGAUUUCGGGGGAGGGUUUUAGCUCUGAAGAUCUCUGUCAAUCGUGAAGGAGAAGAAGAUCAGUUCUUCUAAUUCAACCAUCAAUGGCGUCGUCUUCCUCUUCAUCUUCAGGCCCAGACAUCCCGUGGGUCGAGAAGUACCGGCCGACCAAGGUUGCCGACAUCGUCGGCAACGAAGACGCCGUCUCCCGGCUCCAAGUCAUCGCCCGCGAUGGAAACAUGCCUAAUCUCAUUCUAACUGGCCCCCCUGGUACGGGUAAAACUACUAGUAUAUUGGCUCUUGCUCAUGAACUUUUGGGACCACAUUUUAAGGAAGCAGUUUUGGAGCUAAAUGCAUCAGAUGAUAGGGGGAUUGAUGUUGUUAGAAAUAAGAUUAAAAUGUUUGCUCAGAAAAAAGUCACUCUUCCUCCUGGUCGCCACAAGAUUAUAAUUUUGGAUGAAGCUGACAGCAUGACAACCGGAGCUCAACAAGCCUUAAGGAGGACAAUGGAAAUAUAUUCUAACUCUACUCGUUUUGGCCUUGCUUGCAAUACCUCUUCUAAAGUCAUUGAGCCAAUCCAGAGUCGAUGUGCCCUAGUCCGAUUUGGUAGAUUAUCUGAUCAAGAGAUCCUUGGGCGCCUUAUGAUAGUGGUUGGUGCUGAAAAGGUUCCUUAUGUACCGGAAGGUCUCGAGGCUUUAAUAUUUACUGCGGAUGGAGAUAUGAGGCAGGCUUUGAAUAACCUACAAGCAACAUUUAGUGGGUUUGGGUUCGUCAACCAAGAAAAUGUUUUCAAGGUGUGUGACCAGCCCCAUCCCCUUCAUGUGAAGAAUAUGGUACGCCAUGUACUAGAAGGAAAAUUUGAUGAUGCUUGUGUGGGGUUGAAGGCCCUAUACGAUAUGGGUUACUCUCCUACCGACAUUAUCACUACCCUUUUCCGGAUCAUAAAGAACUACGACAUGGCUGAGUACAUAAAACUGGAGUUCAUGAAGGAAACUGGAUUUGCACACAUGAGGAUCUGUGAAGGAGUGGGUUCAUAUCUUCAGCUAUGUGGUUUGCUAGCUAAACUUUCUCUGGCUCGUGAGACUGCAAAGGCAGCGUGAUAAAGGGUCAUGUUUGUGCGUAAUAUUAUGUUCAACAAAACAUUGGGGAGGCAUGUUAUUAUUUUAUCAUUAUGACAAUUACUCUCUCAAUCCCGCAAAAACCAUUUCUUAUGAUUUACGAUAUUUGGUUAAAAUUAUUUUUUAUUCGACUUAUUUGAAUCUUUGUAGAAUUUCAAGAUACUACGUAGUCUAUAUCGUAUGUAAAUACUAUACUAUACUCAAUAAGUUAUACAAAAAAAUGUGGCAUGACUAUUUUUAUUUUAAUCAAUGUUCGUCAAGACAAAAAUUUACACCAUUACUCCCAAAUUUUCUCGAUUUUAUAUCAAUACUUCGAGAUUCAACAAAUUUAUUGAUGCUUCUAGAGCUUUCAUAUAUUUACAUCGUCACUUCAACAAUGACAUAAGUUUACAACAGUUUCACGACACUUGGAAUCAAGAUAUAAACGUAUACUUGUAUCAAUUUUAGGAGCAUCAAUGUCAUUUGUUAAAUAUUUGUGUAAACUCAAUCAAUUCUGGUUGUAUUG